CUUUCAAUGCUGUUCCUCCUGCGGCAGGCUCGUUGCAGAGCCGCAACCCCACGGCGACUGUCCAAUUCCCCUGCACGGUAUUUGCAAACGGCAAGAGUUAUCUUUUCUGGUAUCCAGCCCACCGGUGUCCCGCACCUCGGAAACUAUCUUGGGGCCCUGCGGCAAUGGGUCACGCUGCAGGACGCAGCCGCUCCAGAUGAAACUCUUUUGUACGCAAUUGUAGACUUGCAUGCCAUUACCCUCAAGCAAGACCCCGCCCAGUUGCGGCAAUGGCGGCGAGAGAUGCUGGCGAGUCUGCUCGCCGUGGGCCUUGAUCCCAAAAGAUCAAUUAUCUUCUGCCAAUCCGAUGUACCCCAGCAUGCAGAGUUGAUGUGGAUUCUAAGCUGCAAUGCUUCCAUGGGCUAUUUAUCGCGCAUGACACAGUGGAAGAGUAAACUCUCCCUCCCCGCAACAGCUUCACCCCUGGACCUCGCCCCUCCCCGCUCCCCCUCUGCCCCCUCCCUCCCCUCUCUCAAACUAGGCCUCUUCUCGUACCCUGUCCUCCAAGCCGCCGACAUCCUCCUCUACCGCACUACCCACGUCCCUGUUGGCGAGGACCAAUCCCAACACCUCGAAUUCGCCCGCGAAGUCGCCAACAGCUUCAACCACAUAUUCUCUCCGACCACUCCACUUCUCAUACCCCCAGAAACCAUAUUGUCACCCGCUAAGAGAAUUAUGAGCCUCACUAAGCCCACCAAGAAAAUGUCCAAAAGCGAUCCCGACAUUAAAAGCCGAAUUCUCAUCACCGACUCCAAAGAUGUAAUUUCUAAGAAGCUAAAAUCCUCCUUGACAGACUCCCUCGACGGGAUUUCCUACAAUCACUCCACCCGCCCCGGGGUAUCUAAUUUAAUCGAUAUCAUGUACUACCUAGAUGAAUCCAUUGCUUCAUCGCCCGUCCAGCUAUGCGCUGACUUUCAAAAUAUGUCUCUGAAAGCCUUGAAAGAGAAGGUAGCUGAGGCGGUUGAUACGCAGAUCCGAGACGUUCGAGAAAGAUAUGAGAGCGUCAUGGGCGGAGAUGCAGGGGCGUUGGCCGACGUUGGGGAUGAAGGCGCGAGGAAGGCCGAGGAAAGAGCGAAGGAGACUAUUGGGCGGGUUAGGAAGGUAUUGGGGUUUACUUGGGAUUAA